GCAACCACAGUGCCACAGAGGACAGAAGCAGUGGAGGCUUGAAGGGAAGUGCUGUUUGUUUUUUCUUCAGGAGAAUGGCUCUUCUAACCACAAGCAUCUCUUCUAACUUGACCUCAUCGGCUGGAGAAGGAAACCAAACAAACACCAGUCAUUGCUCCCUUGGAUCUGACAACUGGACCUUCACCUAUGUCCCAGUUUAUGUCAUGGUCAUAUCUGUGCUGGGAAUUGCCUUGAACAUCUUCGUGCUGAUGGUUUUCAUCUUCCACAAGAAGCCUUGCAGCGUACCUGAGAUCUACCUGACCAACUUGGCAGCUGCUGACCUGCUUCUGGUCUCCUUUUUGCCCUUCUGGGCCGUCAGUGCUUGGAAACGGUUUGAAUGGAUUUUUGGUUCUGCCUUGUGCAAAAUGGUCAACGUGGGCAUUCUGAUGAACGUCUACUGCAGCAUCUACUUCCUGGUUUUGGUCAGCAUAGACCGGUAUUUGGCUCUGGUCUAUCCACUGUCCCAUAAAACAAUACGCCGGCCAAAAUUUGCUAAAAUCAGUUGUCUCCUGGUUUGGAUUCUGGGAUUUGUUCUUAGUGUUCCUAAACUUAUCAACAGGGAAUUGGUACUUCAUGAUAACGUUACCAAAUGUGCUGAAAAAGAUGAAACUAUUUCUGACACAUGUGAGUACAUGAUUUUGGCGCUUGCCUUCAUCAUUCCCGUUUCCAUUAUCAUCUUCUGCACAAUCAAGAUUCUCCUAACUCUGAGAAGCAGGUUAAUGGAACGAGAAAAGACAAAGGACAAGGAUAAGAGGGCCACCACUUUGGUCCUGGCCGUCCUGCUAGCGUUCCUGAUCUGUUGGCUUCCGUUUCAUCUGCUCCGGAUACCAUCCCGGCUCCUGAAUGCUGGUAUUCUGACAAGCUGUAGCUCUAGGAAAACCAUCUACUUCUGCGGGCAGAUCUUCCUCUACUUAGCGUUCUUCAACAGUGUUCUCAACCCCGUUCUUUACGUCAUUGCUGGGAAAAACUUCCAGAAGAAAGUUAAGGAGGUCUUCAAUCAUAGGAACCUCAAGCGGAAUUCAACCUUCAGCCUCACCUCCACAAGUGCUAAACUAUCAAGAAGUGUUAAAUUCUAGUUAACGUUGAGCUGAUGUGCCGGCAGCCCACCAGUGAUUUUUAUAAUCCAGGUAUGGAAUCAAACAGUUUUAAGAUACAACCUUAAAGCUAUAGUGGGAAUUUCCACUUUUUUAUUGCCUUCUGCAUUGUGAAUAAAUUAGUUUGAUCAAGUAUGACAACCGAAACUUUAAAAAUAAUCGCCUGUCAGUUUGGUAGCUGCCAAUCAUUUUUUUAGGAGUAGUAAUAAGAACCUAUUUAAAUGAGAGAAAUAGAAGGAAUUAAGGAAUACCUGACAGCCUGCAGCCAUGCAAGCAAGCACGGCACCAGCCUGAUAAAUACCUCAGCUGUGUUUUCUUUGCACUUUACAAGUCAAAAAGGUUCAGGCUAGGCUGUAGAAGAGUUUGACUUAACUUCUUCAGGAAGGCAAAAUCUAAAAACAGUUCAUCCCUUUGGCUGCAGUCUGAUCUUUCCCAAAUAAUUACAGCAAUGAAGCUACAUACUUUUGCUAAAUCUGGUAUAUUCUUUUGUCAGAGCUGAUGGACUAGAGAACAACAUGCAAACAACAACAGAUUGAGACAAGGAAGCUAAUUAUAAAAAGAUCUUGCAAACAAUCUUUACAAGAUUCAGGUGUUUAAAUUAUAGGUAAAUAACUCAAAAAUGAUGCUACAGUCAUGUGAAAAACCCAAAUUUUCUGUUGAUCUAAGCCUGUAAUGUUUUGCCUCCAGGAAAGUUUCAAAGGGCUGUCCAGAUCGAGUCUACUAAAACCCAAACCCAAAAAUCCAGAGCAGGUUUUGUGAAGUUUUAUUUGGCAUGUAGCUGAGGGGCCUAUCCAGGAAUCCUGUAAGAACAAGCGGGUAUAGACAGACAUACAGUAUGUGCCAAAAGACCUGCUGAUUUUAACCUUAAUAUCUGUUGCAGGGGCAAACAGUAAGGGACAGACAUUCAAAAAAUGGGCACAGGGAGGAACACAAAGUAAUGCAAACGACAUGCAUAUGCAUGGAAUUAAAAUAAUUACAAUUAGUUAAAAUAAGAGAGGUUAUGAUUGAAAGUUGUCUUGCAAUCCUUUAUCAUUGCACAAAAAUAUUAAGCAUAAAGUAUUGCAAGCAAAAGCAAAAGUAAAGCAUUUUCUUGAUCUGUGAAAGAUAACAGCAGUGAAUAAAAGAACAGCAGGAAGGUACAAAACAUACAGUUUCAUGAUUCACAACAUUUGUGUUGUUCUGAUGAAAUGUACUAAUUUCCUUAAAGUCAUGAAGUUUGGAGAAAAGUAACGUGUCUUUGGUUUAAAUCUAUCUUAAUGUUUUCAACUUUUUUUUAAAUUAGUUUCUCCCUGAUUGGCAGCCUUAUUCUUUCUGAUGUAUAUGUUUUUUUGUUUCUGUGUUUGAUGCAGAAAAUUGUAUCUGGAAAAAGCAUAAAUGUAUAUCUAUAUAUUGUUUGUAUAUCAUAAUGAGCAGAUCAACAGGAAUGAAGGGUGUGAUCCAUUCACUUCCAGAGCAGCUUUGUGUUGGACUUCCUGGUUCUAUCUUUCACCAUUUGACGGGAUGGGACUCCAGAUCCCGAAAACGUCUAUCCAACCAUGCAAACAACCAGAGCAAUUCGAAUAAAAACGCUUUCAGGGAAAACAAACACACACAUUUUUUUUUUUUUGCUACUCAGUUGAAUAGCAUUACCAAAUGUUUUAUAAUUGCAGAAGUAAUGGACUGAAAUUAAGAUAAUGGAAGGAAUCAACCAGAGAUGGAAGCAUGUUUUCUGUAACUGUGACAGCGUGUGUAAAGUUCUUAUUCAGCUUUUUAAUGGUUGGAUAUUUCAUGUGUAUUUGUAUGAUUUUUGUGAAUUUUGUUCUGUUUGUUAUCUAUAUAGAAUUGCUUUAUGGAGCAUUGAUGAGUGUAAAAGAAUAUUUCUGUUAAGCAUAAAAUGUAAGCAGCUUUCUGCAGCUCUUAGCACACAAGUACUGCAGACUGUUUUCUCUUCAGUCACCUGUUUCACUCUCAUGGACUAUCUCUGCGGGCGGAAAAGCCACUUCCUUUAUUCUGAGGAAACUUUGGUGUAACAACCUUUAAAUAACAAAUUGGUUCACGUAAAUUUUGCAACAUAGAAACUUGUGAUCUAUGCAGUUUACGAGUGAUUAAGGUUUUGUAAAAACUGUCGUGUUUUUUAAUUUGUCUUUUUGUCGAAGGCUAAAUAAAGAAAGUAAAAUGACCCUGUUGCAAGAACUUUUAUCACUUUGGGUAUAUCCUUUUGUAAAGAAAGUCAUUUUUCUGAUGAAAUAGAGCAGCAAGGCAGAUGCAAAUAGGCUCCGCCUCUCAUCAUUCUUUAGAUAUGUUUUAGAAAUGUAAUAAGUUUUUAGUCAAUAAACUUUAUAUCU